AUGUCUGCCCCAGUCACAACCACCACCACCAUCUCCGAAACCAAGCCUACCAUGAGCUCCACCGUCACACCCGUCGUCGAAGAGACCGACGGCCCCCUCUUCCCAGCAACCCUCAUCUCCCCCGAAGUGAUCGCCCUCCUGCCAACAGACUACACCAUCCGUCCGCUCCGUCGAUCCGACUACAAGCGCGGCUACCUGGAUGUCCUGCGUGUCCUGACGACCGUCGGCGAAAUCAGCGAGGACAUGUGGAACCAGCGCUAUGACUGGAUCGCUUCCCGCAACGACGAGUACUACAUGCUGGUUGUGUGCGAUGGUGCGGACCGUGUCGUCGGUACCGGUAGCUUGAUUGUUGAGCGCAAGUUCAUCCACACGCUCGGUUUGGUCGGUCAUAUUGAGGAUAUCGCUGUUGAGCAGGGUCAGCAGGGGAAGAAGCUUGGUCUGCGCAUCAUUCAGGCGCUGGAUUAUGUUGCUGCUCAAGUUGGCUGCUAUAAGAGUAUUCUUGACUGCUCCGAGGUCAACGAGGGCUUCUAUAUCAAGUGCGGCUUCAAGCGCGCCGGUCUGGAAAUGGCUCACUACUACUGA